UUAUUGUGUGUGUGUGUCUGUGUGUGUCUGUGUAUGAUUCGGUGGUUAGACCUGUUCCUCCUGACACACAGCUCCGCUGAGCUCCACCAGGACAGGAAGUAAAGCACAAACCCAGCAGCAUGGGGCCAUAACUCAUCCUCAUCGCGGCCAGAUGAUCUGAUCAGUGUGGAGUUUCCUUGUUCCCUCCAUCCUGAGCUGCACUUCGGACCCUGAGGACGACAUGGCCACCGAUCUGGGAUACAACUUUGUUUUUAAAGUGGUGUUAAUCGGGGAAUCUGGUGUUGGGAAAAGCAAUCUGCUGUCCCGAUUCACCAAGAAUGAAUUUAACCACGACAGUCGCACCACCAUCGGGGUGGAGUUCAGCACUCGCAGCGUGCAGCUGGACGAGGUGACCAUUAAAGCACAGAUUUGGGACACGGCCGGUCUGGAGCGCUACAGAGCCAUCACCUCAGCGUAUUACAGAGGUGCGGUUGGAGCCCUACUGGUGUAUGACAUCAGCAAACACCUGACGUACGAGAGCGUGGAGCGUUGGCUGAAGGAGCUGUACGACCACGCCGACCCUCACAUCGUCAUCAUGCUGGUGGGGAAUAAGAGUGAUCUGACAACCUCGCGCACCGUGCCAACGGAUGAGGCCAAAGCUUUUGCAGACAGUAAAGGUCUGCUCUUCAUCGAAACAUCAGCUCUUCAGUCCACCAACGUUGAGAUUGCGUUCCUCCAGGUUCUCACAGAAAUCCAUAAGAAGGUGGCGAGUAAAAAGGUGACCCGAGGCUCCAUCAGCGCUGUGACUCUCGGCAGCACCGGACCCAUCAUUGAGGCUACGGAAGAGAGCAGGAGCUGCUGUGGGAAACAGUGAAGAUAAGAACAUCACCCUCUUCACAGAGAUGCCUGCAGCGUUGGCUACAAGGAAGCUGGCUCUUUGGCUGUGUUCCAAUACCAUUCUUCACUGCACACUCGUCCACUUCCUCUAGACACAGUUCUCUUAUUCAGCAAAGUUUCUUCUGAAGGUUCCAAUGGUUUCAUUAGAAGAACUCUGGUAAAUCUUACACAUGCAUGAACCCAACUGAAAACUUUUUUUUUUUUGCAUCAGCGAAACCAUCAGAUAACGUUACACACUGCAUGAAACUGGAAAAUCUCUAAUGGUUUCCAUCAGAUUUCUGGAGAUUUCUUACAGGGAUUGGAC